AGUCUGUACAGAAUCCAUAUGCAGUAAGAUUAGCUGAUGAUCAGCAGGUAGAGAAGAAACGGCCAGGAUCAUGCUUGUCCAAAGGACACUUGUUUGGUUUUACAGAUGAUCUACUGGCUGCUAUUCUCGCAACAAAAUCAGAACUUUGUGGUCAGAAGUUUGAGUUAAAAAUAAAUGACUUGCGAUUCAUUGGUCAUCCAACUCUGAUGCAUUAUGGAAGCAAAGGCCAAGUAUCCCCCAAGAGUGAAGGGCCCAGUAUGAUCCUGUUCAAUAUAGUCUUUGCCCUGAAGGCUGCAGCAUCGAUUUCUGUCAUCCAGUGCUACCACGACUUCAGCAAGCGGCUUGCAAUAGCACUGCGACACGAGGAGCACAGAUGUGGCUACCUCAGCCAUGAAGCAAAGGUCAUGCUAGGGGUCGUGGACGAGGUGGCAGCACUGCCUGAAGCUGACUUUGACUCCCAGUCACCGUUCUCACUGAUGCUGAACAAGAGUGAGCUAGCGCGUGAUCUCAAGCACGUCUACCUGAGCCUGUGUAGCAAUGGUGAUGUACGUAUCAAUGUCAACCACUGGAUUGAGGUCAGCUUCUGUCUACCGCACAAAGCACACUGCCAGUCUCGGCUCCUCGACCAUAUGGUCAUAAAGCCCGAGCAGAUCAACAAGUGUCUGGAGGUGCUGCGUCCAUACCACGCCAUGCUGCUGCUGGACGAUGCCAACAAGCUGAUAGCGGAACUCUCGCCCGACAUGUCGCCGGCGCUCAUCCGCGUUUUCCGCGUCACCACCCCGCUGAAGAGUCUGCGUGACCUGGGAGCCGACGCUGACCUCACGCUGAGGCAGGUCUUCUAUCUGGUCAGUCAUCUAGUGUACUGGGCAAAAGCUACCAUCAUCUAUCCCUUGUGUGAGACCAAUGUCUACGUAUUAUCACCGAAUGCUAGUCUACAGGUGAACGCAACGCUGGCGUCGAGAUUCGUCGAGCAUUUCCCCGGCAUGUCUCUGCACGCCGUCAUGGAGGACUUCUCGCUGCCGACGCAGCUGCGCGAGCAGGGCAACCCGCUCGGCCUCCCGCAUCAACAGGUGCAGCAGGUGCAGACUGUCGUGUGGAUGCUGCAGCACAGGUUGUUGGUGCAGCUGCAUACCUACGUCUUCUUGGUUCCAACGUCCGGUCCCUCUUCUCUCCUCAUUAAGAGCAGAUCAACGGAUACCGUGGGACAUGGUAGUCAGGAGGAAUUGCAGGAGGCAGACAGCAGGCGCAUAUCUGGCCUCUCUAAUUUCUCAGACACCGACUCCGUGGCAAGUGAGUACGGCAGUCCGCAGGGGUCGUUCGUCGCUUCCUACAGUGGAUUAGAGUCGGAUAUGGCCAACAUGAAGGCGGGACUGUCGGUCGACCUAGAUGAAGGGCGUCUUCCGACAAGAUUGAAGGAGUUGCUGCCAGAUGAAUUAAGCUCAGAAGAGAAGGAGGCAAUACUUAGUGUGCCAGCUGCGCGGAGCCCCGAGGAUUUCAAGAUGUUUGCUAGGUUGUGCCCAUAUUUUCAGGGGUGCCAUCACCUGGAGGAGAUCAUGUACUGUGAGAACGUUCGCCGCUCGACGCUACUCACCCUGCUAGAUAAGUUCCGCAGCGUGCUCGUCACGUGUCAACACGAAGACAGGGUGACAACAGUGUUCCACAACCUGUGACGUCAUGAUGUGCUAACACAACCUGUGACGUCAUGAUGUGCUAACACAAUGACACGGUGACAGUGGUGUUCCACAACCUGU